AUGGAACCAGAGCCAACCCUUGGCGCUCUCCUUGAGGCUAUCACAGCCCUCACAACCACAGUUGGGUCCCUUCAGGACCAAAUUAGAGCACAAGGCCAACAGCUCAACAAGCUCAAAGCCAUAUGCAAGGAGACCGCCAACAUCAUUGGUGACAAGGACCAAGGAGCUCCUCAAGCCAAGCCUGACCCAUUGACUGGGCCUGUCACUCCCCAACCCACACUGGGGGAGAAGCCACACUCCAGGCAUGAAGAAGAGGAACCAAGACAAGCCCCCAAAAAGGAGCCUCAGAGAACGCCUAGGAGUCUCAGCUCCCUCACCCCCUUUGAUGCAGGGUCCUCUGUAAAGCAGCCCAAAAUGGAUCUCCCCAACCCCUAUAAGGGAGAUACCAGGGGACGCAAGGCAACUCAAUGGCUUGACUGCAUGCUGUUAUGGGUUGCCCUCCAUUGA